AUGCGAUGCCACAGUGUUGCUGGAACCACCAGCCCCAGCGCCGUCGCUACCUACGCCACGCUCCGUGAGAUCGAGGACCGUCUCAAGUCGAUCCGCAACAUCGAGAAGAUCACCAACACGAUGAAGAUCGUGGCGUCGACCAAGCUGACGCGGGCUCAACGCGCCAUGACCGAGUCCCGCAAAUACGGCGAGACAUCCAACGAAGUCUUCGAGGCCGCUGAGACCAAGCCCCUCGAGGGUGAGGGCAAGAAGCAGCUCAUCGUUGUUUGCUCUUCCGACAAGGGUCUCUGCGGUGGCAUCCAUUCCAGUCUGUCCCGUUACAUUCGUCGUACCACGCCCGAUGGUCCCCCCUUCGACCUCGUCAUCCUUGGCGAGAAGUGCAAGGCCCAGCUCGGGCGUACCAACGGCCAGAACAUCGUCCUCAGCUUUGCCGGUAUUGGCAAGGACGUCCCUACCUUUGCCGAUGCCCAGGCCAUCGCCGACCAGAUCACCCAGCUCUCCGGGGAUUACUCUGACGUCAAGAUCCUCUACAACAAGUUCAUCAACGCCCAGAGCUACGAGGCCGCCAUCAUUGAGGCAUUUAACGAGGAGGCUAUUGCCGCGUCUGCCAACUUCUCUGCUUUCGAGGUCGAUGACGAGGUUCUUGCCAACCUGCGCGAGUAUUCUCUCGCCAACUCUCUCUACUGGGCCCUCGCUGAGGGCCACGCCUGCGAGCAGUCUGCCCGGCGGAACGCCAUGGAUAACGCCUCCAAGAACGCUGGUGACAUGAUCAGCAAGUACCAGAUUCUGUUCAACCGAACCCGCCAGGCCGUCAUCACAGGCGAACUGGUCGAGAUUAUCACUGGUGCGACGGCCUCAGAGGACAUGUAAUCGAUGGGGACACACGAGCCUGGAGAAAUACCAUAGCAUCCCUUUUCCCUUUGUAUCAAGCUCUCGAAAUGAUGGCGAUACAUGCCCUCAGUGUACCAAACCCUUCACAAUAAACUCCUCCUAAACCAAAUGUAGUGCUUCCUCAUGUUUCAGCCGCCACAUUGCCGAUCUUCAGUCGGAUGCACAAGAUAGAUAUUUGGAGAGUUCGUGCAGGAAUGAAGUCUCGCAAA